GCUAUGCUGUGGGCAGCUCCCCUAUAGAAGUAACAUAGUGUGUUCUUGCUGAGGGGCAAGGUAAGACCCUAUACAGUUACCCACAGCAAAUGGUAGUCUGGUAAUCCAUGCUCUGACUUUCUAAGCAAUAGUGACAUAGGCCUUCCCUCAUUUUUCCUUUGCCACCAGUGUUCAUGAGCACCUGUACAUGCAUUCAUUCCCCUGAUGAUUUUACUUUCCCACAUUUGUUUGUUUUGCAGACAAUCCUAGGAGAAACUCACGAAGAGGAGGAUGAGAUACUUCCACGCAAAGACUAUGAGAGCUUGGAUUAUGAUCGCUGUAUCAAUGACCCAUACUUGGAAGUUUUGGAGAGCAUGGACAACAAGAAAGCCCAGAGGUAUGAAGCAGUGAAGUGGGUGAUGGUUUUUGCUAUUGGAGUCUGCACAGGACUGGUGGGCCUCUUUGUGGAUUUUUUUGUACGGCUAUUUACCCAGCUCAAGUUCCGGGUAGUACAAAGCUCGGUGGAAGAAUGCACUGAGAAAGGCUGUCUUGCAUUGUCCUUGCUGGAACUGCUGGGGUUCAACCUGACCUUUGUCUUUCUUGCCAGUCUUCUAGUCCUGAUCCAACCUGUAGCAGCUGGAUCGGGAAUUCCUGAAAUUAAGUGCUACCUCAAUGGGGUAAAGGUUCCAGGGGUUGUGCGUCUGCGUACAGUGGUGUGCAAAGCCGUGGGAGUGCUCUUCAGUGUGGCAGGAGGUCUUUUUGUCGGGAAGGAGGGUCCAAUGAUUCACAGUGGUGCUGUUGUGGGUGCGGGUUUGCCACAGUUCCAGAGCAUCUCUUUGAGGAAGAUCCAAUUUAACUUUCCCCAUUUCCGCAGUGACAGGGAUAAAAGGGAUUUUGUAUCUGCUGGAGCUGCUGCAGGGGUUGCAGCUGCCUUUGGAGCCCCAAUUGGGGGUACUCUUUUCAGCUUGGAAGAAGGUUCCUCUUUCUGGAACCAGGGACUUACAUGGAAAGUGCUUUUCUGUUCUAUGGCUGCCACCUUCACCCUGAAUUUUUUCCGCUCUGGGAUUCAGUUUGGAAGUUGGGGGUCUUUCCAGCUCCCUGGGCUGCUGAACUUUGGGGAGUUCAAGUGCUCUGAGUCUGAUAAGAAAUGCCACCUCUGGACAGCUGUGGACUUGGGCUUCUUCAUUCUGAUGGGGAUUGUAGGAGGCCUUCUCGGAGCCACCUUCAACUGCCUGAACAAGAGACUUGCAAAGUACCGCAUGCGGAAUGUGCAUCCCAAGCCAAAGCUGGUCAGAGUCUUGGAGAGCCUGCUGGUGUCAUUGACUACCACGGUUGUGGUCUUUGUAGCCUCCAUGGUUCUGGGGGAAUGUCGGCAGAUGUCUUCCAACAGUCAUAGUGGCAACGACACUCUCGGCCUGCAGGGUAUGUCAGAGGAUGUGAAUUCAAGUGUCAAAACUUUUUUCUGCCCAAAUGAAACCUACAACGACAUGGCCACACUCUUCUUCAACCCUCAGGAGUCAGCUAUCUUGCAGCUCUUUCACCAGGAUGGUACUUUCAGCCCAGUCACACUGUCCUUGUUCUUCCUUCUCUAUUUCUUACUCUCCUGCUGGACAUACGGGAUCUCUGUGCCCAGUGGUCUUUUUGUACCAUCACUGCUUUGUGGGGCUGCCUUCGGACGCCUGGUCGCCAACCUCCUCAAAAGCUACAUUGGCCUGGAUCACAUCUACUCGGGAACCUUUGCCCUCAUCGGGGCAGCAGCAUUCCUGGGAGGAGUGGUCCGCAUGACAAUUAGCCUGACUGUCAUCCUAAUUGAAUCCACCAAUGAGAUCACCUAUGGGCUCCCAAUAAUGAUCACCCUCAUGGUAGCCAAAUGGACAGGAGACUUUUUCAACAAAGGCAUUUAUGACAUCCACGUGAACUUGCGAGGAGUGCCUCUUCUGGAGUGGGAAACAGAAGUGGAAAUGGAUAAACUACGAGCUAGUGACAUCAUGGAACCCAACUUGACAUACGUCUACCCUCACACCAGGAUCCAGUCCCUUGUUAGCAUCUUGCGCACAACUGUCCAUCAUGCCUUCCCUGUAGUGACUGAGAAUCGGGGCAACGAGAGGGAGUUCAUGAAGGGAAAUCAACUGAUAAGUAACAACAUCAAAUUCAAGAAAUCUAGCAUCCUGACCAGAGCUGGAGAGCAGCGCAAGCGCAGUCAGUCUAUGAAAUCCUACCCUUCGAGUGAAUUGCGUAACAUGUGCGAUGAGCACGUAGCAACGGAGGAGCCACCAGAAAAGGAGGAUCUGCUGCAACAGAUGCUAGAGAGAAGAUAUACUCCCUACCCCAACCUGUAUCCUGACCAGUCUCCCAGUGAAGAGUGGACUAUGGAGGAACGCUUCAGACCUUUGACUUUCCAUGGCUUGAUCUUACGCUCACAGCUGGUCACCCUCCUUGUCAGGGGUGUUUGUUACUCUGAGAGCCAGUCGAGUGCAAGUCAGCCUCGUCUGUCCCAUGCAGAGAUGUCAGAGGAUUACCCCCGCUAUCCAGAUAUCCAUGACCUGGACCUCACAUUGCUGAACCCUCGCAUGAUAGUGGAUGUCACCCCAUACAUGAACCCAUCACCCUUUGCUGUUUCUCCAAAUACUCAUGUGUCACAAGUCUUCAACCUGUUUAGGACGAUGGGACUCAGACAUUUACCAGUUGUGAAUGCAGUUGGAGAGAUUGUUGGGAUAAUCACUCGGCACAACCUGACCCAUGAAUUUCUGCAGGCAAGACUGAGACAACACUAUCAGACCAUUUGAUGCCCCUGCCCACCCUGCCUCACUCUCAGUGUGGCUGCCUCCCUCUUCCAAGCCUGCACACACGCUCGCAUUCUGCUUGGACCCCACAAGGCCCAAGACUUGCCGUUUGGCUUCUCACAUGCAUAUCAAGCCUGGGGAGUUGGAGAACAUCUUGCUAGCCAGAGAAUUAGAGGAGCUGCCUGAGCCCAGAGCUGUUGAUUGGUCUCAGGCACUUGGUUUGACCACUCUUGAUCCAGGUUUUUUCUUUUCCUGUGCCCCAGUUAUCUCCUUUCAUCAGAUGUCCUGACACUGUAUGUUCUGCUAUUUUGGUUUGAUUUGGAUUUUUGUUUAAGGGUUGGAAAAAAGAACCAUCUAGCUCCAGUGUGUCCUGUGCAGAGAACUGCAGCACCUUUUCCUUGUCCUCCUGUAUGUCUCCCUUUUCCUCCCUUGUUCCUGCAACUGUUGCCUUACUUGUGUGGGAAGGGGGUUGCUGUCAAGGCUGAGAGGAGAUACUGAAGUUUGAAGUUACCAAAUAGCUGCUCUGGAAGAUGACUUUUCUCAAAAGCAGUAUUAAAAAACCCAACUCUUUGGAAAUACACCUCUUUUGCCAGUACUUCCAGUUGCCCAUGUUUUUUCCACUCUGGCUUCAUUUGUUCCUAAUUUCUGCUCUUCUUUCAUGAGGAAGCAUCCCUGCUGCGAUGUUUUUGAGAGCUGCUCAGUAGAUGAGGAGUUCAAAACAGUUCAAUUCCAGUUACUGCUUGGGAUUAUAAAUAUUUAAUAGGCUUGCAGAGCAUCUCAGAGGAGGGAGAUCUCUUUUUCCUGUUAGCUGUUGUUAUUAUCGCCCUGUAAGAGGCUAUUCUAAGGCCUUUUGUGGCACUCCACUUCGUCACUACCCUGACACUUCAUUUCUUGGCACUUGUAGGCACUAACUCCUUGUACUGAUCCAACAGUGAGAGCCUGGGAUACCUUUCCAGCUAGGGUUAGAGACCAGGAAACUCCAUGUCCUCAGAGCAUGGUGAAGUGUUGCUUUCUGGAGGCAGGUAGAACUGAUGUCCUGUCUCUGGUCUUGGUUGAAUUAUCUCUGUGUUAUGUGAGUUGCUGGUGUAACUUCAGGCUGCCAUACAGGAGAGAUACUUGGUGCUGCUGUCUAACAGGCAGGAUCUGCUGCAGGAUGAUAAGUGGGACUGUCUGUGCUCUAAAAAUGCUUGGGAUAAUGUUUGCAACUGCAACAGCCGAAUAUCUGUAAGGGUAAAAUCAGCACUUGGAAGCCAGUUGCAGCCAGUUUACUGCUUUAGCAGGUACCAUCCUGGCCAGCACCUGUAUUGUUCCAGCGGGCACCUGCCCUCCUGAGUUUUGCAUACAGAUAACCCUCAGUGGGAAGCCAGCAUUGUGCCUCCAGGGGCUGGAGAGCUGAUUGGCUUGAUAAAGCACAGAGCAUUCUCUCAGCCAAGAGACUGGGCCAAAUAACAUGGGGAAUGUAUCUCAGAAAAACUUCUACAAAGCCUCGGAGUGCUGCAGUUAACCUGUUGUCUGCUGUAAGGAGCUAGCUAGAUGAAAGUUGUGGCAGAAGGAAGUCAGACAUUAUUGUAUGUUUUGACUUCAGGAACUCAUCUAUGCUGAAGAUUUUUCUGACUACGCCUGAAGAAGUUGUGCCCUUUCCUUCCAUGUGUCAAAACACUAAAUUUGUUAAAACAGCCUAUUUGACUGACUUUGUGGAAACUGAUUGUUCCAGGGCACUUCUCUGAAAACUGCUGGCUGCUGAGCCCUACUACAGUUAGGGUUAGGAGGAGGUUUUGUGCCCAGGUAAACCAUGGUCUUGAUUUAAGGCUCUUUAAGUCACUGCAACUCUUAGAUGUUAGUGGUGUCUUUGCAGUUCAGAUAGUUGGUAGACAGAUGUAUUCUCUGGCUGUGCUUGUAAUAAGGACAGCUGAGUCAUGGGAGACUCUUGAGUUUGUCCCACAGAUGAGAGACAACUUGGUCUUACAGGUGGUUCCUGAGGCCAUAUUUUAGGGUAGAAUUUGUCCUUGUCAUACAGUACAUGGCAUGACUCAGCUGGAAAGUUUGGUUUUAGCAAAGCUGUUUGUAAGCACUUAGACUUUAAUUUUUAUUCCUCUCCAUUGACAUCUGGAGGCCUUUUUAUCACUUGGUGUUCUUUCCCACCUGCUGCUUUAUUAAGAGAUCUUUGUUUUCAGGAAUGGAUUUACAUCAUUUCCACAGAGGGAAGAGUGGGCUGUGGUACGUGCAAUGGCAGUUGUUGCAAAGGAAGCUCUGUGUGUCCCAGGACCCUUUGUUAACUAUGCCCACCCUCCAGAGCUGCCUGGGAAGUGACCUAUCUAAAGAGCAGGGAAUACAUUAGUUCUUUUUCCUUAAUUACUGUGGAACUUGCAGCUCUUGUCUCCUCCGCUAAAAUAGUUUUGCUGACUUCUGAAUAUCCUAGCUCCAUUUCAGAUAAGGCAUGCAAGCUCUUAAACUUCCAAGAGUAAAGUGAAAGUGUUUUCCUACAGCCAGUAUCCAUUUUGUGCCUUCAACCUGGGCUCCUUAGCUGGGACAGGUGUGGCAUGUUCCUUAGAGCAUAUGUGUUGGCAUUAGCUGCUGGUCUUGACUUGCAAGUUCUUUCCCUACAAGUAGAGUAAGGAUGUUUGUUCUCUCAGGAUAGUCUCUGCCAAUGAUUUCUAAAAUGCCUGUGUUCCCUGAGCUCUGGUUUUGUGCUGAGCUAUCCUAGGAAACUUCCAACACCCUUUUGCACUCCCUGAAGCUGGACUGUAGGUUUGAAAUGUGCUUCUGUUAACCUACCUUUCAUUCAAAGGAUUUGUGCUUGUGGGCAGUUACAAAUCACAGAAAUCCUGUUCUGAUGGGAUUUCAAAUGACUCUAACGUGGAAUUAGCAAUCCCAUACUGUCAGAACACUUGUCAAGAAUGCCCUAUGUCUCUCCAUGACAAAUCUUUUUCCUUUUGCUCAUGUUGAGUGAUUGUGUGUGAAAGGUUCCUUCUCUUCUUGCACAUGAAUAGGGCUCCUUAGAUUGUUUACCUUGAGCUGGUCAUGUUCUGUUUUAUUUCUAUACACAAACUGCAGCAGUAUAUUUUGCUUCAGGAUGUCUUGUCAUUGCUACUGAGACUUGGAGUUAGGCAAUCCAGUCAAGACAACUGUCUGAAAAAUGUUGUCAAGGUUUGUCAGAGCACCAGCUGUGCUUCCCCAUGAGAAGGCUGCUAGCCUUCAGCCUGCUGUCAGCACUGUCUGCUCUGCCUGUGCAUCUAUCUUAUUCAAACGUUUCAGAUGGAAAACACACCCAUUUCACUCUGUCAGUAAAGAAGUUUUAAACGAGGACAGUGGGUGACCCUGUCAGCUGCUUUAAAGGGAAAUCUCAGUGUGCAGUCACUGUUAUGUAGCCUGCAGAAAGGGAAUUGCAAGUUCAUCUGACUUGGAGAUGCAGCAUUUCUCUUCUGCUAAGGACUGAUGCAGAGGGGCUUGUGUUGAAUCAGUCUUGUUCUCACACUUUGAUCACUUAAUUCCUCUCUUACAACACACUAACUGCUUCUACUCUGGCUCUGGUUGCUUAGUAAUUUACCAAGAAAUGUACUUCUAACAUAGGUGCCUGUAACCUUUUACUCAGAGCAACACUAAAGGAAUAGCAACCAAGAACUGGAUUAGUAUUGAUGGCAAAAGUUAGGAGGUAGUAUGGGACAUUCUCCCCUGGAGGUUUCCUGUGCGGUGUUAAUUUUGUGGUUUUGAAUUGUUAACUUACUGUGAGCCAUUCCGAUGGUAGCAACUUACCUUUCCGUUUGUUUUUUUGCACUGUUUUUUGUUAUGAAAUGAUGUAAGCUAAUUCCACGGUGUAUAUAAAUUGUAUUUUUUUUAAAUUUGUAUGAAUAUAUUUUUAUUUGAACUAUGGCACUUGGGAAGUAUUCAUGUAACCAUAACAUGUCUGAGAGUAAAAUGUUUGUGUGUCUCCUUCAGCACUUUCAAGGCCUUUUGAUGUUUCUAGUGUUGUCCUAUUUUUUGCCCUUUACUACAAUAAAACUAGUAGAACCUGGCAAUAUCCAAGAACAUGGUUUGAGGUAGAUGAGUGGUUGCUGUUUGUGACCUGUCUGGAUCUAACAGUUUGUGGGCAAAGAUAGGUGUAAUUCUUUAGGUUGUGACCACUCUAGUCCCAUGUUCUCUUCCAACAGCUGUUUAAAAGGAGGGAAUUACCAAAUUACCAGAUGGUAAUAAGGAGCUGAGUUAUGCACAUUGUGCUAGAGGCAACUGCUGCUUUUCUUACCCAAGAACUCUUUGCUUUCUACUUUCCUCCCAGUAAGUUAAUGAAAGACAUUUAGAGUGCAGUGUUGUAUCUCUUGUUUUACGGGUAACGUCUCCAGGAUCUGAAAAAUAUUAAUUUCAUCUUCAGUUUUUAUUUUGUUUGUGGAUAUCUUUCCUGCUUUAUCAUGCUGUUUACCUUACAGAAAAAAACUUGUGACAAUUUUUGAUCUUUUGUCAUGUGCUUACAGGCCAAAAAUGUGAGGAAGUACAGAGCAGUGUAGAAAUAUCAGACCCAAAAGCUCCAUGAUUGUGCUGCUUUUCUGGAUUAGGUAGCUGUGUUGUACAGGAUGCACAUAGCAGCUUUCUGAUGCACUCUAAUAUGAAGUUACCCAGAAGCUUGUCUGGCUCCUGCCCUCAGUCUCUCGCUUGGUGUGUAUGUAAUGACAAGGAGAGCUUGAAAUAGAUAAAAGCACCUGUUGAGCAGGGAUGGUGGAAAAUCUGUGUUUGGGAGCUAAAUAAGAAUUCCCAUGGUGGUCUUAAUUAAGCUGUGUUCCUGGCAAGGAAUCAGGGUAGAAGAGAGUCAUCAGGAGGAAAGAGCAGGGGAAACUGUGCUUCAGCUCUGCUACUGCCUUCAGUCACAAGUGCAGUAAUGUAGGAGAGAAUGAGAGAAACAUUUUCUUCCUAAAAUUGAGGUACAUCAGCUGCCACUUCAGCAUAACAGUAAAGGAGGAAACAGGCCAUGUCUUUUGUCUACUUUCUCACCUCCUGCCCCCAAAAAAGAGGGAUGGGAGAGGUGUGUCUGUCCACACUUACAGACACAGCUUGACAGUUUGGUGUAAUGGCAACUUCCUUGCAGCCAAACGUAUUGAAGCAGUCAGCUGGACUGAUGCAGAUACCAGGCACUUCGUUAGAGCUUUAGGGCUGCUUUGGGUGUCAAGAUUAUAUGCAAGGUGAUUUCUAUUCCAGAGAAUAAAAGCCCGAAGAAGGAGGAAUCGAAACCAGUUACAAGUGGUUUGUCUUGUACUUUAUCAUGGGUGACAAAGGUGGUUACUAGAAAAGCUGUGUAAUUUAUGCUUAAAGCAAUCAACUUCAUGUUUAGAUUAAAAUCCUGUUCUACCAAAGUUUAUAGACUCAUUAAAUCCAAUCAUGUUUCAUGAUCCCCAUACCUGUAAACUGUGUAUGUAGCAGAAGAAUUUAGUGGUGGUCAGUGAGGUUGGUUUUUUAAAAAUUUUUGCUUUGCUGGCAGGGUACAAGCUGCUUACUUUAGCAUGUGUGCAUACACAUACAGGUGUGUAUCAUGCAGCACUCACAGGAAGAAACAGAGGAUGGCUGCCCGGAGCUGUGGCUGCACUUGUGUGCAAGAUGAGAGAAUGAAGCUGUUCUUCUUGUCCAGGGUGCUGAAGCGCUUUUCAGCCGCAGUGGGUUACACUCAGCCUCUUCAGCAUUCACUAUAGCUUUUUUCAGAUGCAGUGUGUGAAAAACCUUAUUCACAGCUGGAAUGAGAUGGCAAGUGAGUUCCACCACUGUCUGGGAAGUGAAGGGGUAUCAGUUUGUGAGGUUUAGAGGUUGAGAUCACUUUUUAAAAGCAAUCACGAUGUCCCUUUCUCCAGGCUGUUACAAAACUGCAGAAAUAUAAGCACA